AUGGAUGUCGCAAGCUCCCUGGUUCGGAGCGUGGUCCGCGCAUUUUACGAGACGAGACAGAUCUUGGUGGUUGAUGCCUUGUUUAUACACUCAGUACUUCACGCAGAAGAUUUAGCCCAUUUACUUGGCAUGCAACAAAAGGAUCUCCGGAAGCUCUGCGCUCGGCUUCGGGAAGACCGCCUCAUCGCAGUGUACAGUCCACACUUUCAUACGCGAAGUGAAAUUCGCGAAGGUUCGAACCGUCCGGUAAAUCGCGAUUAUUACUACAUCCCAUUACACCCAGUCAUCGAUGCGAUCAAAUUCCGUGUUCUUCGGUUGACCUCGACCAUCAAAGCGCAGUACACACCUAGUGAAGAUCGAAAGGAGUACAUGUGUUUGCAGUGCGGAGCAGAAUGGACCGAGCUUGACGUGCUGAGCCUCUACAGCGAGGAAGGCUUUGAAUGCCAAUCGUGCGGCGCUAUUCUACAACCUACUGAAGAUGUGAGGGGAGAAGAUGGCCUUGAUCGAACCGGGCAUGAGAAAAACAGUAAACUUAUGGCGCAACUAGACGCCAUGAUGAGUCUUUUGAAACAGAUUGAUGCAACAGAUAUACCCAUGAACGAUUUCGAUACGGCCUGGGACCACAAGAUCGAUGUUGUUCGCAAUCAACAAACGCACCCAUCGAAGCCUGCGAUUGCUGCAGCUGCUAGACAACCGGCUGCAGUUCGCGGAAACACAAGAACCGACGCUACCGCUAUUGAAAUUUCCCUUCAAUCAUCAGCCGAAAAGAGCGCCGCUGAACAAGCCGCCGAAGCAGCGCGGAAAGCUGCCGUUGAAAAACAAAAUGCCCUUCCUGUGUGGCAUACACACUCAACCGUCUCUACCACUGCAGGAAACGCUGGUCAAGUCAAGACGGAAACAGGAAUCGACGUCAAGGGCGAGAUCAAAGAUGAAGAGGAGCAAAAACCUACUAUAGACGCACUCGAUGACAUCGCUGCCUACUAUGCUGAAAUUGCAAAGGCCAAGGCCGAGGAAGCAUCCUCUGCGGAAGAUGACUCGGAAGACGACGAUGAAUUCGAAGAUGUCGGUGAUAUCUCGGGCACAGGUAGUACUGCAGGCACCCCUGCGGCAACCGUCAUGAGCGGCGGACUUGGUCCUACAAGUGCCCCCGGCAGUUUAGGUGGUUUAAAACGAGAACUAGAAUCGGAAUCAGGCAGCAGUGCUCCCCAGACUGCUACGGGUACGCCCACAACCCCUGCCGACGAUGGUCCUGCAGCCAAAAAGGUCAAGACGGAGGAAGUCGUCAAGGAGGAAGAAUCCGACGAAGAUGACGAAGAAUUUGAGGAUGCAAUAUAA